ACAAAAUGAAAGCCACUUGUGUAAUACUUGUUCUCGCUUAAGUAUUGAUUUUAUACACAUUUAUUUCAUUAUGAUUAUAUUUUAUUUGUAAUUUUCUGUAAGAAGUCAUUGAUAUUCAAAUUGCUUCAAACUUGUACUGAGAAAGAUAAAGAACUAUGUUUUUGAAGUAUUUUGUGUAUCUUUAAAAAUUCACAUUCCUCUUCAAACGCAGCAUACCGAUUAAGCAAUAAUUAAAAAAUGCAAUGGGAAUUAAUUAAUUUCCGCGAGCGAAUUUUUUUAAUAUUAAAAUUCGCCUUACUGUAGCCUGUAGAUAUAGUGUUAAUAAGUGUUUGAAUACUUGUAAUAUUAUCGAACUGAGUAAUGCAAUUACGUAAAUUCCUUUCGAUACAUUUAAACACUUGCCAAAGUAUAAUUAAUGAAUUCGGAAUUGCAAGUUAAAAGGCGCUGGUCUGCUACUGCUACUAUCGCGGAGGGUAACAUGGCUUUGUUGUUAUCAUAAAUGAUGUGGUGUGUCGUAUACAGUCAAGUGAUUUCUAUUAAUACACUUAAUUAAAUUAAUAAAAGCAUGGCACGCGCCUGAGUGGGUUACCGUUUUAUUCAUCAACCUAGACGGACAUGUCAUUUUGUAUUAACGUUUGAACGAAGUGAAAGUUAUGGCUGAUGCUGUACAGGAGGUUAGAGAUCCUCUGUCCACAGACAAUAAAGGAUGCACGACCGCGAAGUCGGUGUCUUACGACGAAAUCGCUACGAAACUUUUGAACGAGAAGCUUUUGUUAACAGCCUUGGAAUUACACGCAGAAUUAUGCGAGGCUGGAAAAGAAUUGCCUAUUUUAAGAGAGUUUUUCUCGAAUCCAAAUCAUUUUGAAAAUCAAAACAUCAAGCCAGAACCGUAUACAUCUAUGCCUAGGUCAUCUAGUCAGGCUACUUUAGAUUCAUUAGAUAUGACCAGGUAUUCAGAAGAUGGGGCAGGAGCUGAUGAAAGAGUAGCGAUUUUAGAGUUCGAACUGAGAAAGGCCAGAGAAAGCAUUUCAGCUCUUCGUGCAAAUCUUACUGUAGUAACAGAAUCGGAAGGGUCUACACCUGAUAAAUAUUCUGAUAAAUAUCCCGUCAAUGAAUCUCCUAUAAAACCCCACGAGCAAAGAGCUAUCAACUUUCUCGUUAAUGAAUAUUUAUUAGCUCGUUCGUAUAAAUUGACGUCAAUCACGUUUAGCGACGAAAACGAGAAUCAAGAUUUUGAGGAUUGGCAAGAUGUAGGAUUAAAUAUUCCAAAGCCACCGGAAUUAUUGUAUAUUUAUAGGGAAUAUGUGCGAGCAAAUGGAUAUGACAAAUUACCGUCUGUUAAUGUUGGCGUGCAAACUGAUUUCUGUGAAAUGGAAACGGAAAUGGAAGUAGAAAAAGAUGAAUUUAGAGAAAUGGUGAAAAAAAUGGAGGAACUUAAACAGCAAACUGCCUUGUUGGAACAAGAAAAAUUGGAUCUGCAACAGAUCAUUGCUACCACUAAUGAAACUUUGUCUCAAGAUCCUGUUAAGCAAGGCAGUAGCGGAACGAUACAAACGAUAAAUUCCAAUUCUACUACUCCAGAUAAAUUUGAACUUCUCGAAACUCCAGCUCGCGACACAUCGACGGUGACGCAAGAACCCGAAGAGGACGAUAGCGUUUCUGUCGUUGUCAGCCUUGGCGAAACAGAUCCUGGCGACAAAGAAUGGACCAGAAUUCAAUUACCUAGAGUAGACGUCACGGAAGGAUCGUCUAUCCUUCCAAAUCCACCAUCCAGACAUCUACCGUUGAAAUUCAAAGUGGAAGUAAUAGCGCAUUGCUUAGUAAAUGUUCCGAAUUCGAUCGUUUCGCCGGCGGAAGAGAUUUUCAAGAAUGGAGUUACACGCGACACGCUCGUACACAUUUUAGCACAAACGUUACCUCGUAUCGUACCUAAUGUUAUUUUAAACAAACGCGAGGAAGUAAUACCAUUAAUACUCAGUGCGAUUCGGCUUCAUAAUAACUCUGCAGAGAGAGAGAAAUUAUUGCAGUUACUAUUUAAUUUAAAGAAGAGGCCACAAGAAGAUGAGAGACAGUUAAUAUUAGCUGGCUUCGUCGCUAUGGCAAAACUUGAGGACGAGCCAAUGGAGGGUGAAGAAAUAUUAACUAUUUGUUGGGAGCAAAGUCAGCACAAAUAUCCUGAGAAAAGAUUGUUAGCUGUAGAAUGCUGUUCCGUAUUAGCACCGUACAUGUCGGUGGGCAUAAGGAACUCCUUAAUGCUUUCUAUGCUCCAGCAAAUGUUGCUCGAAGAUAAGGAUCCUACAGUUAGAGCUAGCGUGAUAAGGAGUCUCGCACUGCUGAUAGCUUUAAUGGAUGAUCCUGACAAAUAUUUUCAGUGCGAAGAGUUAGCAUUAACAGCGCUUCAGGACACGUCAACUGUGGCGAUCGAAGUUGCAUCUUCCAUACUCUUACCAAUUUUGGCUCAGUGGGCGCUCUCGUUAAAAAGAUUGCAAACGCAUCUGCUGCCACGUAUUAUAUCUAAAGUAAAAAGUCACUUGAAGUCCGGUCAUUCGCAACAUUCGCCUAACAGAGAUCACGUAGACGAAGGAAGAAUAGUCUCGUCCAUUGCGGUGUUACAAUAUUUACUUCCGCAUAUGGUUAUCUGUAUAGCGGAUACAGAUUCGGUCAGGACGUACAUCGAAGACGGGAUGUCGUCUGAUUUACCCGAUGUGUUCCUGAACUUGUGUCAUUCCAAUAUCGUUAAUCCGAAAGUAUUUUAUGACGGCGAUCUAGACGUAGGAGCUCUUCUAAAUACAUUUUUUGCGAAUACCUGGGAAAACGAUUCAUGGCCAGAAUUAGAGUGGUUCACGAAUAAAUUGGUGUUCGACGUUUUGGAUAUGGUGAAAUCGAUCGAUACUGUUCAGGAGACUAUAUUAAAUGCUCUUUUAACGUAUAUUCAUUCGUUAUGUCUGGGUUUCGGUCGAUACGUCACACAAACGAGGAUUCAACCAAUAUUCGCAGCCGAGGUAACUGAACUCGAGCAACAAUUAACGACCCUGUCAAGUGAUAAAAAAAGUAUGAGUUUAACGUUGAUCCCGGCAUACUUGAUUAUACUGUCCACCUUGAACGGUACAGACGUUUCUAAGUCCUUGAAACAAUUCCUCGUUGCUUUGUCUAUGAGUGGCACUAGUAUUACUAGUUUACAGAUUGCAAUCAUUAUAUUGUGCGCCCAAGAACAUAUGCAGGAGUACGUCCUUAGUGGUUUAUGGGAUGGGGUAGUACACCAAAGACCCAUCGUAAGAUGCGCAACUGCGACGCUAUUCGGUUGCGUAAUAGCUCACGUAUCUGACCGGUUAGCAAGUGCUAAGGUAGUUCCUGCAAUCGUUACACUCGUUAGUGAUCCCGAUGUAUCCGUUCGAUCCGCUGCGAUUCCUUCUCUUGGUCGUUUAAUUACGGAGUGUAAAGUAAGAGAGAUGCGCGAUAAAGCACGUUUAACUUUAGAAACGAUUGCUAAAGAUCCACAGGGUGUUCCACCGACUGUAGCACUGCCGUUGGUUUCGACGUAUGCAUUCAUCGCUCCCAAUUGUCCUCAAAAUUACAUCGAAGAUGUUAUAGCCACGCAAUUGACGGGGAUAACGUCAUCGGCAUUGCAACAAGCCCGGAAGAUCGAUCUCAUUAAUGCUCUUGUCGAAGCGUAUUCUGUCUUAGUGUAUUGUCCGCUGAGCAAUCAAUGCGUAUCCGGUGUAUUAUUGCCGGGAUUGAAAUGUCUCGAGCAAUUGGUCAACCAGCACUUACCUCAACAGAAAGAAGCGGUUCGAUCGCUUCUAAAAGAAGCUGAAUCUCGACAGGAUCUUUCGAAACCAAUGGAAAGAUCUCUGUCAAUGAGUUCUGGCCUUUCGUUAUCAAUGGCUACGGUGAACGUGGGACAAGGUGUAGAAGAUAUGAGGCAACGAGUGAGUAAAAUAUUUCAUCAGAAAACUAGUUCCCCGAGUAUGUCUAGUAUCUUUCGAAAAAAGUAAGCUCAAUUUUGAUUUUUCGGUCGUGUCUACAGGAAAAUGUUUCUUUCCCGUUCACACGUUUCAUUGUUUUUUAUAAUCGUACUUAACGUCUGCUGUAUGUAUUAUAUAUGAUGGACGGUACAAGUGAUGCACAAAAUUGAUACAAAUCAGAAUAUAGUAUUGUACAAUCAGGAUGUAAGUUCGAUGACAAAUACGUAUUAUUAAGCAUCACUAUAAUGGUGUGCCUUUUAACAUGUAAUUUUAUUAAAUCAUUCGCGCGAUUAAAUCAAAUUCAAGCGUUUACAGACUUAGAUCUGAGCUGUAGUCAGUAAAUGAUAUAUCAAUUUUACUUCGUUUAACUGCACAAGUACGACUGUAACGCUUUGUAUAAUUUACACAUUUUAAAGUAUUAGCAGCAGUUAUUACAGCUUGUAGUUUUAUAUUCUAUAAAGUCGCAGAGUAUAUUUAUUAGAACGAAUUAUUCACUAUGUAUUAUAGAUAAUUUAUUGUGUUAUCGUGUUCUUACAAAAAUAAAUGAAUAAGACAAGGAA